AUGACAAUCCAUACCAGCAGCGUCGACCAGCUCGUUUCCCGAAUCGAGGAGAGACUAUCCAGAAAGAGUCGUACAGUGAUUGCAAUUGCAGGAAUUCCUGGUGCAGGCAAGUCGACCUUGGUUCGUGAGCUUAUUGAUCAUUUAGGUUCCCAGGGUAUUCUUGCACAACUGUUGCCGCAGGAUGGUUACCAUUAUUACCGGGCUGAAUUGGCCAAAUUUGAAGAUUCAAACGAGGCAUUCAGACGAAGAGGCGCUCCAUUUACAUUUAACGUGGAGAGGUUUCUCUCGGCCAUAGAGAAGCUACAUAGUGGAGAAAUUGUGCUAGUUCCACUGUUUGAUCACAGCAAAAAGGAUCCUGUCGAGGACGAUAUUGUCAUCGGAACAGAUGUCAAGGUUGUUUUGGUGGAAGGAAAUUACGUUGGAUUGAAAGACGACCCAUGGUGUCGUAUAGGAGACCUUGCAGAUGAAUUAUGGUUAGUGAACACACCCACCACAUUGGUGAGGAAGAGAAUCAUUAAGAGGCAUUUGGACAGCGGAAUAGCAGAAAAUGAGGCAGAGGCUGUGGAGCGCGCUGAUGGACUGGACUGGCAGAAUGCACUUUAUGUGAUAGCCAACAACAGAGAGGCAGACGUAAUUGUGGAAAGAAAUUAA